GCGCAGAGCUCAGCUCCCGAGUCGAGAUGCCCAAGGCAAAGUCGGUAACCAGCGGCCGGCGCCGGGAGCGGCGGGAGCAGAAGAGUACUGGCGGCCCGGGACUCCCGCCGCCGAACUGCCGGGGUUUGUCCUAACCGUGGGCGCCCCGGAGGAAUGGCGAAGCGGGUGUGCGCAUGAUGGGACGCGUGCCCGGGAAGCCUGCCGGACUUUCCCCGGCUCUGGGGCUCGGUGCCCCGCGAGAGCGGCGCGGCGCGGUGUGGAGUGUCAUGGCUGGACAAGCCUGCCCAGCCGUCAGGUGGAGUCGGUGUAAACCUCCGGCACGUUCAGCUUCCUGCAUUUUGUGCGCCGUUUCCAGUGCCCUCCUAGGGAGUCCUGGGUGUCAUGUUUAAUACUGGACUUGGACAGCAUAUUUUGAAAAAUCCUCUCAUUGUUAAUAGCAUCAUUGAUAAGGCUGCUUUACGACCAACAGAUGUGGUCCUAGAAGUUGGUCCUGGAACUGGAAACAUGACUGUAAAACUACUAGAAAAAGCUAAAAAGGUAAUUGCCUGUGAACUUGACCCAAGGCUAGUAGCUGAACUUCACAAAAGAGUUCAGGGAACGCCUCAGGCAAGCAAACUUCAAGUAGUGGUUGGUGAUGUGUUGAAAACAGACUUGCCAUUCUUUGAUGCAUGUGUAGCAAAUUUGCCUUAUCAGAUCUCUUCCCCAUUUGUCUUCAAGCUGUUGCUGCAUAGACCUUUUUUUAGGUGUGCUGUACUUAUGUUCCAGAGGGAAUUUGCUCUCCGUUUGGUUGCAAAACCAGGAGACAAGCUAUACUGCAGACUUUCCAUUAAUACCCAGUUACUAGCACGAGUGGAUCAUCUGAUGAAAGUUGGGAAGAAUAAUUUCAGACCUCCACCAAAAGUUGAGUCAAGUGUGAUAAGGAUAGAACCUAAGAACCCACCACCACCUAUCAAUUUCCAGGAAUGGGAUGGUCUUGUGAGGAUAACGUUUGUGAGGAAAAACAAGACUCUGUCUGCAGCAUUUAAGUCGAGUGCAGUGCAACAGCUUUUGGAAAAAAAUUACCGAAUUCACUGUUCAAUCCAUAAUAUUGCAAUACCAGAAGAUUUCAGCAUUGCAGAUAAAAUACAGAAAAUCCUAAUGGAUACAGGUUUUAGUGACAAACGGGCCCGAUCCAUGGACAUAGAUGACUUCAUUAGAUUGCUACAUGGAUUCAACGCAGAAGGCAUCCAUUUUUCUUAGGCAGAUUAAAAAGAGGAUACUCCAAAAAAAAAAAAUAAGAGGAUACUCCAAACUUAACAAGAAACUGUAAAUUUACUUUCUUGGACUACUGAUUAUGAAGAAGGUGGACCUCUAUUUUUUACAAGGAUAACCACACCAAACACCCUGCAGGUUUUAUAACUAAAACUUACCCUCUCAUCAUGAAGUAACUUUUUGGGUUGUUGUUUUUUUUUUUUUAAAGGGCAGAUUUAUUCUGUACUUUAUAAGUGUUCAAACUAUGUAACUUUGGGCAUGGGGUGACCAAGUCAUUGACCCUCCAGAUCAAAUACAAUUCUUUCCAAAAGUUAAUAGCCGCAAUACACGCACAAACUUAACACACAAACCUUGUCACUUCUACCUGUUCAUCUUCUGAAACUAACAGCUUAUUUAUUGUGGUAAUUCUAUUCUUAGAGGACUUUUCUUUUGCUUAUUGGGAUAGAUGAGAGGUAUGUCUUUUAAAUAAAAAAUAAGCUUUCUUAUUAUUCUCUUUACCCAGUCUUCUUCCAUUUAUCUAAUAAUCAUCUCCCUCGUUCUCGUCAUGACCUUUUCUUUUGCAUUUAUUCGUUUGCGUCCAUCUGAUCCUUCUUACUUCCUCGAGCUUAGUUCCCCUUUCCAUUGCAGUGGGUAAAGUGGUAUAUUGAGAGAAAUAUGAAACCUGGGAUUGAGUCUCAGUUGAUCUCUGAUAAUGCAGUAGCUAGGUAACUUCAGGCAAGACACUUCACCUCUGGACCUCAAAUUUCCUCAUUUGUCAAAUGAGGGAGUUAGGAUUAACUGAUUUAUAAGCUCCUUUCCAGCUAUGAAAUUUGGUGACCAACCAGGAAGUCUCAAUGGUAGGAUUAUCAGUCACCUCACAAAAAUUAUAUCCCCUCCAGUGAUAAGUUUGUGUGUUUUAUAUACAUAUAAAUAACAUGAAGAAAAUAAAACUCUACAAAUUUUUACUUGGCUUUUUAAAAAAAUAUUCAUGAAAAAGCACUAUAAAUAUCUUAGAAGACACCUAAGAAAAACUUAACUACUUCAGUUUAGAGGAUUAGAACUGAACCUGUGAUUUCAUUAGUGCAGGAAACUCCUGGAUGAGGAAAGUCCCUUGUAGUUUUAGAAGACUUACAGCAACUGGGACUAUUAAUUUAGUAAUGCAAAACUGCUGUAGUGGGUCAUUGUGACAGCACAGAAAAUUGCUAAACCUAAACUUUAGACUUUUUCAUUAUCUUUUUGUAUAUCUAACUUUAUGAAAUCCUCGAUUGUUCUUUUCUACUUUACAUGCAGUGUAUGGAGGUUGGUCCCUUCUAAUUGUCUUGAAUAGUCAACAUUUAUGGCAUCCAGAUUAACUGUCUGAUAAAGCUGAUGUUAGCAAUAUCCAUAACUUUAUAGUGUUUUUCUGAAUUAUAAAUUACAUGAAAAUAAGGAUCUUUUAUAAGUCUGUUCUCAGAAUCUUAAUGUUCAUAUGGGUAGUAGUAGAGCCAUACCUAGACAACAGAGCCAUAUGCCUAGUUUUUAAACUUAUUUUAAACGUGUCAAGAGAACCAUCCUUUAGAAUCAUAGUGAACUCUUAUAAAUGUUCUAUAAACUCAAAUUUGCUUCAAACAAGAUUUGCCAGUUAGGCAAUCUAACAGAUUAUCACCGUUAACUCAAGAGUAGACAUCUCAAAAAAAGUUAAAUUAGAAAUUGUCUUUUUCAUAAAUGACUGGGUUUGGGUAUAUUUGAAUAAUGUAGAAAGAAUAUUGGAUGGGGAGUCAGAGUCAUCCCACUCUGUUAUUAGCUGCGUGAACAUGGGCAAGCUCCUAUUCUCUCUAAGCUUUGGGUCUGAGCACAAUGUAUACCCUUCCCCACUCCUCCAUGACAGACAUGUCAGAUUGCUGUGAAAUUUAAGGUCCUUUUUUGGCAUGCUUUAGUUUAGAAGUAUCCAUUAGUAGAUUAGCCACAUAAUGAACCAAAUUUCCUGCCUGCUGUUCCCUGGUCUCAUUAUCUCAUUCUGUAUAUAAAAAGCUAUGAAGAGCUGGAUGUAUCCAUCGAGUUAUUAAGUCAGGUUAAAUUAGGUAAAGAUGGCCUAGGUUUUCUUUAUUAUUUCUUUACUGUUCUGAAACUGCUUUAACAUUCUUGAUGAGAAGGAAGCCUGCCAUAAUAAUUGUGCCAUAUUAACAGUUCUAUAAGUUAGAUAGCCUUAAACUUUUCCCUGCAAAAUUCUUAUCUCCACUUAAUGCAAAGCUAUAAAUGCACUAAAUUAAAUAAAUUUAUCAGUUUUGACUUAAAUGACA